AUGGUCAGGCGCCGAGUGACCAGUAUCAGUCACAUCUGAAGCAUUCUCUUCAUCAUGAACGCCAAGGUCCUCAUCCUCCUCGGUCUGGCAGCCAUUGCCGCCGCAGACAGCUUCGAGUCCUACGAAUACAGACCACCACAGAGAUACUCCUCCGAGGAAUCCUUCGAGUCCGGAGAGGCCAAGUACGACUUCCAGUGGGCCGUUAAGCACGACGACUCCGACAACGACUUCGGACACCAGGAAGCCCGUGACGGCGAAGACACUCAGGGAUCCUACUACGUGCAGCUCCCCGACGGCCGCCUCCAGUCCGUCAGGUACGUCGUAGACGGUGACGACGGCUACGUGGCUGACGUCAACUACGAGGGCGAGGCUCACUUCGACUCCGUCGAGUCCGGUUCCUUCGAGUCCCGCGAAUACAGGCCACGAUACGUCUACGACUCCGACGAGUCCAAGUAGAGAUUUUCGAGGAUUAUGGACCUAUGGCGCCUUUUGUAACUUGUGAAACUAUUUAUUAUCUACAUGAAUAAAUCUGCAUUUUUA